GCGCCCAUUCCGGGCGCCUGGACGUCGCGGCCGGACGCCGCCGCCGCCCGCUCGCCUCGGGGGUCCCGGGGCCUCGUCGGCGCCUCUCGGGGCCGGUUCCGCGCCGCCGUCCGGGCCGGGCCUCCCGAGGAGAGCGGCUCCCGCCUCAGGCGGCGUCGGCGUCCCGGACGCCUCGCCUCUCAGGAUGUACGCCAGAGACGAUUGUGGGAAGCAGGAGAAGACCCCGAGGAGAGGCUCGCCCUCGUUACCCAGCUUCUGCGAAGACAGGGAGAAGAGAAGCUUGGCCAGAAGUCCGAGCCCCGAGGCGUCACCGAGGCGUGUCUCGGGCGAGAAGAGAAAGCUGAAGUCAGAUCACACCGACCUCAGGUUCUGUCCCGUGAAAAGGCGGCCAGAAGCAAAAAGACCUCACGUAGAAGCCGAGGAUGCUCUGAGGAAGAGGGCAAGGACCACGGCUUGGUCCCAAGGACCCCCUAAGCAUCAAGAAGCGUCGCACUCAGCCGCGGAUCCAGGCAGUCCCCAGAGCCCUGCCCUGAGCAGGACUAAGAAGGAUGUGGGCGGAGCCCCCGAGCGCAGACCUCAAGACCCUCAGCUGGCCCCUGGCAGGAGGAAGCUCGACUCUAAAGCGGACAGCCAGGCGGGAGGGAGGAGAUCGGUCACGAGAGAGGCGAAGCCAGAAAGGCCCCCUCAAGCUCCGGACGGUCCCAGGAAAUGCUGUGUCUGGGAGAAGCGCCAGAGGGCUCAGGCUGCUGCCGAGGGCUGCCCACCUGACCCGCCCAGCCAGGAGCCCCUGGACUCCACGAGAAGGCGGGUCAGCUUCCGGAUCCCCAGCCGGGCCCGCGAGCCCCUGGGGAAGCCCGCCGAGCCGACCGCCUGCAGAUCCCUGUCGGAGGCGGGGGAGGGAGGAGGGGGCGCAGAAGCCCCCCGGGGUCUGCCAAAGGCCACGGAGCCCCAAAGCGCGCCCGCGUCGGCAGGGUCAGUGUCCAGACCGGCCGUUCGCGAGUGGACCAGGAGAGACGACCACGAGCCUCGCGGCAGGAGCCAGCCGCGUUCUGGUGGGAAGGUGUCUGAGCGUCCCGAAGCACCCUGCUCCUCCAUGUCGCCCAAGAGCAGCCAAGAUACAGAUGAAGAGAUGCAGAUCGUGGAAGAGCUUCACGCUGCUAGGGCAGGCAAAAGUGUGGAUUUACUGGCGGGUCCCACCUCGGGGGAGCUGAUGAGCAUGGAGAUCGACCUGGCGGAAGAGGAUGUCCAUCCCUCUGCCGCAAAUCCUGCUUCAGACAAAAAGCUUCUGAUUGUCAUUGACACAAAUAUCCUGAUGAAUCACCUCAAAUUUGUUAAAAGUUUGAAGACAACAGAAAUCCCAGGCUUUGACGGGCUCGUGUUGAUAAUCCCUUGGGUGGUGGUCCAGGAGCUGGACCGCAUGAAGGACGGGAAGCUGCUGAAGCACGUGCAGCACAAAGCCAUCCCCGCCGUCCACUUCAUCCACGACGGGCUGCGAGAGCCGGACCGGAAGCUCUGGGGUCAGCCCCUCCAGCUGGCCGCCCAGAGGCUCUAUGGCCUGAGUGAUGAGAACAGUGACGACCGCGUGUUAAAAUGCUGCCUUCAGUACCAGGAGCUAUUCCCCCGUUCUCUUGUCAUUCUGUGCACGGAUGAUCGAAAUUUGAGGAGCAAAGGCCUCAUCAGUGGCGUGAAGUCGCUCAGUAAGGAGGAACUGAGUGCCGAGUGCCGCAGCCCGACCCUCAGCACCGCCAGCGGCCAGCCUGGGCUCCCUGAGCAGCCCCGGGAAGCAGAAACGAAGCCUUCAGAAGGGCGCCCCUCGGAAGACGCCGCAGACUCUGAGCGAGUCCGGCUCCAUGAAUUCAUGUCUCAGCUGGAGAAGUCUCUCGGCUCAGCCCUGUCGUCAAUCCUGGAGACGGAGAUGAAGCUCGCCUUCGGAGACCUCUGGGUGGAGGUGCUGUACUUGAAGCCGCCCUGGACCCUGCUGCACUUGCUGCAGUGCUUUCGGAAACACUGGCUGGCCGUGUUCGGCCUCGCUGUGGAGAACGGCUUGCUGGCGACUGUCGAGAGUCUCUAUCAUAACCUCUCGAAAGCAAACAGGGCGGUGGACCUGGCAACCGUGAAGUUUCUGCUCCAGGACGCGAAGACCUUGCUCCUGGCCUUCAGCGCGAGGUCCAACUACGACGGGGUUCUCCCGCAGGCCUUUGCACACGUGACCCGGCUCCUCCAGGCCUUCCCUGCGGUGAAGGCAACGCGGCAUCCCACGCCUCCCGUAAAGGCAGCGGGUAGCAGGCAGGGAGGAGCGGCCCCGCCGCCUCACAGCCAAGACGUGGCCCCUCGCGCAGACCCUCCGGCUCCCCCAGCCAGCAGGCACCAGGAGAUCUGGUCCAUCCUGGAGAAAGUCUGGAUCACCAUCUAUCAGAACAGCACAGAAGUGUUCCAGGCCCUGGGCUCAGACUCGCCCCCCGCUUCCUCACAACUGGCAUCCUUGGAAGGGGCAUUUCUCUCUCUCCAGAAGUUAAUGGCCGCCGCGAAGGACAUCCUCGAGGGAAUCCAGAGGAUUUUGGCCCCCAACAGCAGCUUCCAAGAUAUUGAGCCCCUCUACAGCACCCUGGUCAAGUACGAGGUGAACGCACACAUCAGGUUCACCGCCCAGGAGCUCUACAACUGUGUGUCGCUCGCCGAGUACCGGGAGAAGCUGGCCAUCGGCUGUGGGCAGCUGGAGGACCUGGAGGCCGCCAUGCGCCAGUGCCACGCCCACGUCUGCCAGGGGGCCCGGCCACCACCCACCACUUAGUCCUCCCGGCUCCCGGCCACGGCGGUGGCCUGGCGAGUCACCUUGGACGGCCACGUGGGCCUGUCCCCGCACCUGGGCGUCUGGGGAGCAUCUGCGGGGCAGGCGGGGGCCCCGGGGCCCUGGUCAGGACAGCACAGGGUGUUGCACCCGGCCUGGGAGGGCGCGAGGCCAUCACCGGGUGGCAGGGCCGGGGACCCUCCCCCUGCAGGUCCAGGUUUUCUGUUAGAAGGUUCAUCUAUUUUUCUAAACAAUAAAGAAUUUAUUUUCA